AUGCGGGCCCGAUACGGCUGUCUGCAGCUCACACAGCAAUGCGUAGAUCCUGAUGAUGCCGUCACGACCAUCCUGGUGUCGAAUCUGCAUUGCAGUUCAUGUGUACGAACCAUUCAGGACGCCCUCAACCAGCUCACCCCAGCGCCCACUUCCGUGUUGGUGUCGGUCGUUUCUCAGUCGGUAACCGUGCACCACUCCAAGCAGCUCCUGGAAGGGACGAUCAGGGCCGCCAUCGACGAGGCAGGUUUCGACCUUGUAUCAACGCCGGCGGAGGAUGCAUCGACGCUUUACAGCGCGGCUCCCAGGGCCCGGAGGACGUCCCUGCUGUCGCGAAAGCGCGAAAAGCAUGCUGCGCAAUGUCAGCUUUGUCAGCAGGGCGAAGUGCACGGUCACGAAGAGUCUGAGAAGUUGUUGCGGGAAGCCACCAGCGAAGGUGUGGCUACGCUCUCGGUAGAGAACGGCGGCUAUGCGGAGCAUGAAGAUGUGGACAAGAGCCAGCAACCGUCCUUGGCGCCGGCCAGACCUGAGAAGGCACCAGAGCCAGCACUGGAUAUAUCUGCGGAGGAAGGGCCAUACUACGUUACGGUCUCUGUCGGUGGAAUGACCUGCGUCUCUUGUUCAAACACAAUCACCGACGUGGUGUCGCAAGUGGAUGGCGUUUUGAAUGUCGUCGUGAAUCUACUCGGGAAUUCUGCAAGCGUCACCGUCAAGCGCAGGGAUAUUGUCCCGACGGUACUAGAGACGAUCGAGGACUGCGGCUUCGAAGCUGAACUCAUGGACGUGGAGCCUGUGAAGACCGCUCGGGCCGAAGUUCGUCAGGAAACCGUACGCAGGACGAUCACUCUGAAGAUCGAUGGAAUGUUCUGUCGACAUUGUCCGGCGCGCGUCAUGUCGGCACUCGAACCAUUCAUAUCUUCCGGCCAGCUACAAGUUGAGAAGCCCAUCACAAGCCAUACUGACCCCCUCAUGCGGAUUAACUAUACUCCAUCCCCACCUGAUAUCACCAUACGCACGAUAGUAGCUGCUAUCGCCGCUUCUAAAUCCCCCGAUCCGGACUCGAAGUUUGCGGUGUCUCCGUAUGAUCCUCCUACUCUCGAAGAUCGUGCUCGGGCCAUGCAGCAGCGAGAGAAGCGGCACCUGCUCCAUCGCCUUCUCUUCUCCGUCGUGGUAGCCAUCCCGACUUUUAUCAUCGGCAUUGUAUACAUGUCGUUGGUUCCGGACGAUGACGCCACAAAGGAUUUCUUAAUGCGACCGAUGUGGGCCGGAAACGUCAGUCGCGUUGAAUGGGCGCUGUUCAUUCUCGCCACCCCAGUAAUGUUCUAUAGUGCGGGCAUGUUCCACCGCAGGAGCUUGAAGGAGAUUCGUGGUCUCUGGCGGCCCGGCAGCAAGACGCCAGUAUGGAAGCGUUUUGUCCGGUUCGGCUCGAUGAACCUCCUGGUGUCGACAGGUGUUGCGGUUGCAUACUUUUCUUCCAUCGUCCUUCUUGGUCUUGCGACGGCCCAGCGCCCGUCGCCAAUGGGGCAUGGCGACACAACAACGUACUUCGACUCGGUCGUGUUCCUGACGAUGUUCUUGCUGUGUGGUCGUUUCCUGGAGGCGUAUAGCAAGGGUCAUACCUCGGAUGCGAUCAUGGCGCUUGGCAAGCUUCGUCCAUCGGAGGCUCUUCUUGUUUCGCUAAUGCACCAUGCCAAUACACCGGACCGACAGUCUCUCUCAGGGUUGUCAGACCGCGAUGUCGAGAAAGGAGAUCCGGAUCACGAAAAGAUGUUCUUCACCAAACCGGGAAUGAAACUGGAAAGGGUUGAUGUCGGUCUACUGGAAGUGGGAGACGUGGUUCGCGUUGUCAACGGUUCUACACCCCCGGCUGAUGGAACGAUCCUGACGGCACCGAGCGACGGAGCGGUCUUCGACGAAAGCUCCUUGACUGGAGAAUCUCGUUUGGUCAAGAAGGUUGUGGGCGAUCCAGUUUUCCUAGGAACGAUCAACCGAGGAAAUCCUAUUGAUGUCCGUGUUGACACGAUUGGCGGGGAGACCAUGCUAGACCACGUCGUGAAGGUCGUACGUGAAGGACAAACCAAGCGCGCACCGAUUGAGCGUGUAGCUGACCUGGUCACGGCAUACUUCGUGCCCGUCAUCACCCUACUUGCCGUUCUGACAUGGGUGAUUUGGCUUUCGUUGGGCUUGAGCGGUUCCCUUCCUGCAGGAUACCUGGACAUCGAGGUCGGAGGGUGGAUUAUUUGGUCUCUCGAGUUUGCGAUAGCUGUGUUCGUGGUGGCCUGCCCUUGUGGCAUUGGCCUUGCUGCCCCAACGGCGCUCCUCGUCGGGUCUGGACUCGCUGCUAAGUACGGGAUCCUUGCGCGCGGCGGUGGGGAAGCUUUUCAAGAAACCGCUCAGCUCGAUUGCAUCGUUUUUGACAAAACAGGGACCUUGACAGAAGGUGGCAACCCGAAAGUCACCAAUGCUCGUCUUUGGGCUGCGAAUUGGGACCCGAAGACAAUUCUAGGAAUCGCCAUCGAGAUAGAGUCGGCAAGUUCACACCCGCUAGCCCUGGCUAUAGAUGAUUACUGCAAAUCGCAAGGAUGCUCUCCCAUAUCUGGUUUGGAUUAUGAAGAAACUCCGGGACGCGGCAUCAAAGCUCGGUUUACUUCUUUAGGUUGCUCAGCCAUAAUCGGAAACGAGGCCUGGAUCGAAGAAAACGGCGGAAAAAUAUCAGGGCAAAUUGUGGAGCUUCUAGCCGCGUGGAAAUCCGAGGGCCAGAGCGUCGUCUUACUGGCGCUGCGGAAGGACUUCACAAAGGACGGAGAGCAAUUCACUUACGAAGUUGUUGCCGUAUUCGCUGUAUCCGACCCGAUCCGCGAGGAAGCGAAGGCCGUCGUAGCAAGCUUGCAAGAUAGAGGUCUUGCGACGUGGAUGAUCUCCGGCGACAAUGCCAUCACCGCCAAAGCCGUGGCUCGCCUUGUUGGUAUCCCAGAGACAAACGUAAUAGCAGGUGUAUUGCCGCAUGAGAAGGCGGAGAAGAUACAGUGGUUGCAACAAGUCGGCCCCAAACGGCGACUUUCUCGGUUGGCGGCGAUCUUUGGAAAGAGACGCCUGAACGACCGGUGUAUCGUGGCCAUGGUUGGGGACGGUAUCAACGACGCGCCUGCGUUGUCCAGCGCAGAUGUCGGGAUUGCCAUUGGAUCCGGAAGCGACGUCGCCAUCUCGAGCGCGGCAUUCAUCCUUGUGUCGUCCAACUUGAAAGGCAUCCUCGUUUUGUGCGAACUGUCGCGCAAGGUGUUUAACAGAGUCAAGUUCAAUUUCUUCUGGGCGGGCGUAUACAAUAUCGCCGCAUUACCUAUCGCCGCCGGAGUGGUAUAUCCUGCGGGGCAUGCCCGCUUAGCACCUGUUUGGGCUUCGCUUGCUAUGGCCCUAAGCAGCGUCAGUGUGGUUUGCAGUAGUCUAUUGCUCAAGCUCUAUAAGCCGAAGCUAGCAUGAAAGCUCGCGUUCAUUCCUUUUUUCUUCUCUUCACAAUGAUGCAUGACCGGCAUGGAUGCACGAGACGUUCACAGUUCGGAUACAGUAUGCAGUACUAAGAACCAUCUGAUGAAAGUACCCG